GACGCUUCAACCGAUCAGUCUGACGAAAGAACGAAAGGACGAAAGAAUCGUGUCGUCGGCAAAGGCCUGCAUGCAGAAUUGACUUUUUGUCGGAUCUUGUUGCGCACUCGGAAGGGAACUUCACUGCCACAGGAGAGGAGAGAAGAGAAAUCUGCUGUUUCAAACCCGCCUUUUCUUGGGUAUUGCUGCCACUGCCCCUUUGCGCCUGCUGCAUUCCUUCCUGGUCGCUUCCUCGCCUCAGAACUCUUGGUAUAUUCUUCUUGUUCCUGCUGGUCCGCAGCAAAACGUCGACGACAAAGCCAUUCUCGCAACUCGAGCGCCAAGCAUCACCACCAAGUAUCAAUCAUCACAGCACGACGACCGCCCGCCACAAACACCGCCCGCCAUGCAGCCCGCCCUACACCUCCAACGUCGCGAUGGUGACUGCGACGGAAGCCCUGCCGAGACGUCCAACAUGGGCCUCCGCAUUGCCUCUGUCUUCAUCCUCCUCGUCGCAUCCUCUCUCGGCGCCUUGAUCCCCAUUGCCAUCCACCGCAGCUCCCACGUCAAGGCCCCGCCCCUCCUCUUCUUCGUCCUCAAGUUCAUCGGUACCGGCGUUAUCAUCGCCACCGCCUGGAUGCAUCUUCUCGCCCCUGCGGCUGAGCAGCUCGGCGACCCCUGUCUCGUCGACCGUCUUGGCGAGUACGACUGGGCCUUCUUCAUCGGCCUCAUGACCGUCCUCGCCAUGUUCCUCGCCGAGCUGCUCGCCACCCACUUUGGCAAGUGCUACGUUACCGAGGCCGAAUCUAUGGCGCUUGAGUCGGCCGUCGUCGCCGCAUCGUCGCCCAAGGGAGAGGGACCCUACUCCGACGACGGCGACACCUCCGACCCCACCGUGCCCCGCGGCAGCCUCGCUCUGCACGGCGACCGCGAGGCCGACGCUCACCUCGCUAACCACGACCGCGACCACCCGGCCCUCGCCGGCCAGCUGACGGCCAUCCUGAUCCUCGAGUUUGGUGUCAUCUUCCACAGCAUCUUCAUCGGCCUCGUCCUUGCCACGACCGACGACCUCGUCAUCCUCCUCAUCGUCCUCGUCUUCCACCAGUUCAUGGAGGGUCUCGGUCUCGGCUCCCGCCUCGCCAUCGCCAGCUGGCCCGGCGGCCGCUGGUGGCUGCCGUACUUCCUCGCCGGCUGCUACGGUCUCGCCACGCCUGUUGGCAUCGCCGCCGGCCUCGGUGCCAAGCCCACAAACGCCGCGGACCAGACCCUGACGAACGGCGUCUUUGACGCCAUCAGCGCUGGCAUUCUCAUGUACACUGGUCUCGUCGAGUUGCUGGCGCACGAGUUUAUGCUGAACCCGCAGAUGAGGAGGUCGGGACUCGGGAAGCAGCUGGGUGCCUUUUUCUGCAUCAUUUUCGGUGCCGGUAUCAUGGCGCUGCUGGCCAAGUGGGCUUAG